GCGCCCGGUCGCCAUGGUAACUCCACGCGGCUGCGGGAGUCGCCUUUCCCCGCUGGGCCCGGGCCACUGCCGGAAGUGACGCGAGUUCACCUGCCGAGCGGGGGCGGGGGUGCCGAGGUGCCGCGGUCGCAGCCGCAGCAGUCGCCGCGAUCCGGUCGGGAGGACACCAGGCGCGGGAGCCGGGGACCCGGAGCGAGAGCCGCCCACCUGCAGCUGCCGCCCACGGCACAGCAGCCACCAUGGCGCUUCUGCUGCGCAUCGCGCUCUUGUGGGGCGUCGCGGAUUUCGCCAGAAGUUUGAGCAUCACUACUCCUGAACAGAUGAUUGAAAAAGCCAAAGGGGAAACAGCCUAUCUGCCAUGCAAAUUUACACUUAGUCCUGAAGACCACGGACCGCUGGACAUCGAGUGGCUGAUAUCACCAGCCGAUAAUCAGAAGGUGGAUCAAGUGAUUAUUUUAUAUUCUGGAGAUAAAAUUUAUGAAAACUACUAUCAAGAUCUGAAAGGACGAGUACAUUUUACAAGUAAUGAUGUUAAAUCUGGUGAUGCAUCAAUCAAUGUAACGAAUUUACAGUUAUCGGAUAUUGGUACCUAUCAGUGCAAAGUGAAAAAAGCUCCGGGUGUUGCAAAUAAGAAGAUUCAGCUGACAGUUCUUGUUAAACCUUCAGGUACAAGAUGUUACAUUGAUGGAUCAGAAGAAAUUGGAAAUGACUUUAAACUAAAAUGUGAACCAAAAGAGGGUUCACUUCCAUUACGAUAUGAAUGGCAAAAAUUGUCUGACUCACAGAAAUUGCCUGCCUCAUGGUUACCAGAAAUGACUUCAUCUGUUAUAUCUGUAAAAAAUGCCUCUUCUGAGUACUCUGGGACGUACAGCUGUACAGUCAGAAACAGAGUGGGCUCUGACCAGUGCCUGCUGCGCCUGGACGUCGUUCCUCCUUCAAAUAGAGCUGCAACAAUUGCGGGAGCUAUUAUAGGAAUUUUGUUGGCUCUAGUGUGCAUUAGUUUAAUCGUCUUUUGCUGCCGUAAGAAGCGCAGAGAAGAAAAAUAUGAAAAGGAAGUUCAUCAUGAUAUCAGGGAAGAUGUGCCUCCUCCGAAGAGCCGUACAUCCACUGCCAGAAGCUACCUAGGCAGCAAUCAUUCAUCCCUGGGAUCCAUCUCUCCUUCCAACAUGGAAGGAUAUGCUAAGGCUCAGUAUAACCAAGUGCCAAGUGAAGACUUUGAACGUGCUCCUCAGAGUCCGACUCUCCCACCUGCUAAGACACAGCCUCAAGCUGUCACCCUGGGUAGAGUGCCGUUGCAUCACAGCUCACAGCAACCUCCAAUUCCUGGGCUUAAGCAAUUCUUUUGCCUCAGCCUCCCAAGUAGCUGGACUACAGUUCAAGUACGCUUACAAGACUGAUGGGAUUACAGUGGUUUAAAUACGAAGGACUACUGAAGAAUCUCAAGUACUGUAUUUGGCUUUACUUUAGACUUCUAGUAAAGACUUAAAUGGUUUUUCAAAAAAGAACAAAGUUUGAAGCGACUAUAAGGACAUUUUUCUGUUUUAUGCAAUGGCAUUAGGCAUGUAAGUCAGAUGUCUUAAGACUCAAAAUUAGUAUAGGACAAAUUCCUGUUUCAAAAAACCUAUGGAUAGUGACUUUGAUAAUUAAAGGUUAUUUUAUUAUAUUUGUAUUUUCGAUUAGCUAGCAUUAGCAAAUUUUUAACAUUUUAUAUGCAUAUUUUGGUAUGUGGUCUUUGGGGAAAAGUAUGGUUAAUAAAAAGCUCAUUUUGGGGGGGUGGCACCUGUUGCUCAACGGGGUAGGGCACAGGCCCCAUAUGCCGGAGAUGGAGGGUUCAAACCCAGCCCAAG